AAAGGGGCGGACGAGAUCUAAUGCAGCCUAUUUUAAAAAUGUGUUUCACUUAACCAACCUUGAGAAAACAAACCACUAAUGACGGCUUGUCAUUUCGCUAAAGCAAUGCAUAUUUGCUAGAUGAAGAACGCGGCAUGCGCUUAUGUGCGCGCAUAGGUGAUCGAAACGCGUUGCAUCAUGCCAGCUAAAGAUCCUCUCAUCGAAAAACUUAAAGUGUGCAUUUUGAAUUUGAAGUCUGAGGGUACCGUGACUGACUCCAGCCCACACCUGGUGUCCUGCUGUGAACUUCUGGAGCUUAUACUGCGAAAAGGACUACAGCAGCCUGUCUUAAGCUUGGCACAUAGAGAUUACUGGCAGUGUUUUGAGCAGCUUUUACAGCACGACACAUGUGGUCGGUUGAGUUCAGUCUCUUUGUCAGUGCAACAGACCGAAGCCUGCACCAAGAUUAUUACAUCUCAGGGCAGAGGACGCUUCUUCAUACGGCUGAUGCUCAUGAGGAGAACACUGGGAAGUGUAGUAAAACAUCUACUUCACACAAAUAGAGUAAUCGAGUGGUACAGUCCUAACAUUGCUAUACUGAGAAAUGAGGAGUUUGUUGAAUCCUUUGUCUCACUGUCAAUGGUGUUGUCAGAAAUGGAGUUUAAGCUCAAUAUUGAGAACUGCAGCUUCCUGGAUGAAAGCUGGCAGCUUCCGGUGUGUCAAAUCUACGAAGCUGUUCCAUGUCAGGAGUUGGGAAUGGUGCUCAGGUACCUCGAUGGACGUGUUUUUGUGCUCGACCUGCUGAAGGGCAGUCAGGCGCAGGCGGACAUGUUUGCCGAGCCUGGUGACAUCAUUGAUGAAGUCAAUGGAAUAUCUCUGAGGAAUGCCAGCAACGGACAGGCAGGUGUGGUUUUUUCUAAGGUGAAGGGUCAGCCUCUUUCUAUCCGGUUGAUACGAUGGAGAUGGGACGAUGGGUCCAUCUAUCAGCCUCUGAUGAAGCACUUAAGACAACUUAAAGAGGAAAACCCAUUGCUUCAGUUUGGCCCAAAAUCAACAUCUCAGAGAACCGUGGGUCAGAAGAGAGGGCAGACAGACUGUGUAAAAGAUGGCAGGAUCCUGUAUGCUGUGCGGUUCUUAGGAAAAGCAAACAUAGGAAUGUCUGGAGGUAAGGAGGUUUUGCAGCAAGCCAUUGCAAUAGUCCUGGGGUCCAAACAGGCUAAAAAGGAAGCACUGCUGGAUAUAAAGGAGACUCAAAUUACCUGCACAGAUAAGACCAAUCAGCAGAAGCUGUUUCAGCACCAUUUCCCAAAAAUAUCAUGUGUUGGGAGGUUUGGAAGGCAACCUGAUUUAACCAUUUUUGCUUUCUGUGCAUUAGAUACAUCACAAACAGAAAAGCCAAAAGAUUUCUGUUGUGUGGUCCUUCAGGCUGCUUCAAGUGUUGAGUGUCAGGAGAUUGUUAGCCGUAUUGCUGCUGGGUUUAAAAAUACAGAAUGGUUUGUAUGAGAAACCUCAACACUUUAAUAGAUUAAUGUUUUUUUUUUGUUGAGCUUACAUGUGUUUAUAAAGACAAUGUGUUUAUUUGUUUGUAUUAACCAAUAUGAAAUUUGAAUAUUUUAAAACUGUAAUAUCUGUAUCUGUGCAAUGCUAUUUUGGUAGAAAUACAUAAAACAGAAUCUG